UGCGACACAAUGCAGAUCGCUUCCUCAAUGAAUCAGCAGUAGAAGUGAUAGAACCACUGUUGUCACACCAUCGCGGCUACUAGCAAUGAAAGGCUUCAGCUUCGCGCUUGUAGUCCUUUUACACUUGCGGGGACCAGCAUCCCUCUGCUCGGCACUGAGACUCCUCAACAGUCUUAGCAUUCCCAGCAACAAUUUCCGUCAGUAGGUGCAUUCAGAUCACCAAUAAUAUCCAAUGUUAUUUUUGGCAGCUUGAUGCUCAGCAGAUUGAUCAGCCUCACCCUCUGAGGGUGGGUUGACUUGUGGAAUUAAGAUGGUCCUUGAGGGUAGUUUUGUCAAUUGAUAAAGACGCAUUGAUUGCUCUUUCUUUCACUCACCAUUUUACCUCUGCCAAUAUCUUCCCUCUCUUUCCUCUUAUCCUGUUCUGUGGAAGUGCAGAGAGAGGUUUCCUGUACUGAAAUUCUUGUUAGGAGCGGCGGCGACUGAAGUUUUCGUCUCUCCGGUCAAUGAGCAGCCGCUGGUCAGUUCCAAUCUUGUGAUUAAACCGUCUAAUACUUUGCCAAGAAUAUUUAAGGAAAGAGGAAGAAAUAGAAGCCAUGGAAGCAUCAGGCUUGAUUAAUUCAGUCGCCACUUUCCACAUCCCAUCUGCAAAAGCAGCCACCUUUAAGACUUCGCUUCCCGUUGUUGGCCCAAGAAUCCACCUCAACUCCCUUUCCCGAAAGCAUUGUUGCAUAAAUUCUGGAAAGAAUUAUAGCAGAAACGACAACAUUGUAGCUGUUGAAACUGCGGAUUACAUUGAAGAUGGUGAUAAUGAUGAUGAUAGCGUGGGAAAAGACAAGUGGACUCCUAAUAUUGCGAAUUGGGAGGCAGAGUUUCUUGGGGAGAUUGACCCAUAUGGAUAUUUGCCCCCUAGGAAGAGGAAAAAGCAGCCGAAAUCUAGGUUAUCGCAAGAAUCUGAUGAAAUGGAGUGGUGUGUAAGGGCUAGGAAGGUUGCUUUGAAAUCUAUCGAGGCCAGAGGAUUGACUGAGAAAAUGGAGAGCUUGGUUAUUGGCGAGAAGAAGAGGAAAAAAAAGAAGAAAAAUCAACCGAAAAUUGACAAAGUAAACGUGUUGAACUCCACUGAUGAUGAUGAGGAUGAGGAUGAGGAUUUUGACAUUGAUGAGGCAGAUUUUGAUGUAGAUUCUCCGUAUAAGACUAGUCAUCUUAGGAGAAAGGUGAGUAUGAUUGCAGGUGGGAUGUUCGAAGAAAGGAAGGAGAAAUCUAUGGAAACAUUUGUUCAGAGGCUUUCGCAGUUUUCAGGGCCUUCUGACCGUAGGAAAGAAAUUAACUUGAAUAAGUCGAUUGUGGAAGCGCAGACUGCUGAGGAAGUUUUGGAGGUUACAGCUGAUGUCAUCACAGCUGUUGCAAAAGGGCUUAGCCCUUCGCCCCUAUCGCCUUUGAAUAUUGCCACAGCUUUACAUAGGAUUGCCAGGAAUAUGGAGAAAGUGUCAAUGAUGAGGACUCGUAGAUUGACAUUUGCGCGGCAAAGAGAGAUGUGUAUGCUUGUGGGGAUGGCAAUGGCUGCCUUGCCUGAGUGUUCGGCACAGGGAGUUUCCAAUAUUGCGUGGGCCUUGUCCAAGAUUGGUGGCGAGCUUCUUUAUUUAUCAGAAAUGGACAGGGUGGCUGAGGUGGCCUUGACUAAAGUGUCUGAAUUCAAUUCACAGAAUGUUGCUAACUUGGCUGGUGCCUUUGCCUCUAUGCAGCACUCUGCUCCAGAGCUGUUUUCAGAAUUAUCUAAAAGGGCCUCAAAUAUAAUUCACACUUUUCAGCCGCAAGAAAUUGCUCAAGUAUUGUGGGCAUUUGCUUCACUCUAUGGGCCUGCAGACCCUAUACUGGAGUCUCUAGACAAUGUGUUUAAGGAUGUGAAACAGCUCAAGUGCUGCCUAGACAACAAAUCAUCUAAUGUUGAUGAUGAGAGAGGAGCAGAAAGCACUGGGAAUUUUGUAGAUUCAGAAGCGUCAAGCUCUCCCACACUCACAUUUGUCAGAGAUCAGCUGGGUAAUAUAUCUUGGUCGUACGCAGUUCUGGGCCAGUUAAAUCGUGUAUUCUUUUCACAUGUCUGGAGAACUUUGAGCCAUUUUAAGGAGCAACAAGUUUCUGAACAGUAUAGAGAAGAUAUUAUGUUUGCUUCUCAGCUGAACCUAGUGAACCAGUGCCUGAAACUUGAGUAUCCCCAUCUUCAAUUAUCCUUGCCGAAUGAGCUAGAGAACAAAAUUACUCGUGCUGGACAAACUAAGAAGUUUAAUCAGAAGGUGACUUCCUCAUUUCAGAAGGAGGUAGCCCGUCUCCUUGUUAGUACUGGCCUAGAUUGGGUCAAAGAAUAUAAUGUGGAGGGCUACACUUUGGAUGCAGCCUUGGUUGAUCAGAAAGUUGCUCUAGAAAUUGAUGGGCCAAUGCAUUUCUCAAGAAAUUCUGCAAUUCCGCUAGGCCAUACUAUGCUAAAACGCCGUUUCAUCACUGCAGCUGGGUGGAAGCUCAUCUCUGUAUCCCAUCAAGAAUGGGAAGAACUUCAAGGUGAGUUUGAGCAGCUAGACUAUCUUAGAAGGAUACUCGACAAUCACAUAGGUAAAGGAAGCAGCAAAAUUGUGUCGUAAAUAGAUGAGUACCAAGUGAGGUAGACAAAAAUCAGAGCGCAUUUUAACCAAUCCAAUGGACUAUAUACGAUUCCAUGUUGCUACGGGUUUAAGUUUCUUGUUCUCUGUCAAAUGGCAAAGGUAUUCCAAUUUACAUUAGAGCUUAAGGUGCCCUUUUGGCGUCCAAAUGCCAUUUCUCUGAUUUCUCUGCUAAAUAACCCAGUAUAUGUUUAUAUUCUCCA